CGUCAUCUGCCAAGCGACCACUUUUACGUACAAAAAAUCUAUCACUCGCACAACCCCUUAUUGCCCCUCGAUUGAAAGCUGUAUCUCCGACCUCAAUUAACCCUCUUUACAUUCUUGGGAUAGCUUCAGAGUUGAAGAAAUGGUUGAAAUGACGAAGACCGCCCAUGCACGCCGCUCCAUCCUCAUCAUCAACCCCAACUCCACCAAAUCAAUGACUCGAGGUCUCGAACCCCUUGUCGAUAGCCUCAACUUUAAAGAUACCACCCACACCUUCUUCACCUCCCCAACCGGCCCGAGCAGCAUCAACGACGAAACCGACGCCGCCGACUCCGCUCGCCACGCCCUGCCCCACCUCCUCCCCCUCCUCGACCACCACGCCGGCUUCCUCGUCGCUUGCUACUCCAAACACCCCCUCGUCCCGCUCCUAAAGUCCAAAGACGCGAUCCGCACCUCCGACAAGCCCGUCACCGGCAUCUUCGAAGCCUCCGUCGCCACCGCCCUCCAGCUCAUUGCGCCGGACGAGCGCUUCGGCAUCGUCAGCACCGGCAAGGUGUGGGAGGGGAUUCUGAGCGAAGCCGUUGCUGACUUCCUCGGUGCAGCGUCUGCCGCGCGGUUCGCGGGGGUGGAGACGACCGGGCUGACGGCGACCGGGCUGCACGACGCGCCGGCGGAGGAGGUGCGGCGGAGUGAGUUCUAGGCGAUGCGAUUAGGUUUCUGGCGUUUUUGAGGGGAGGAAUGGACGGGUUUGAUAUAGGUUUCUU